AAGCCAACCACAAGGCAAACUGCUGCCUCCCGUCUCACAGCACCGAACUGUCGCGCACUGCAUCGAUCAUGAGUAGGUCAUGCCAGUGCGUCAACGCUGAGGAGGCACGGUGAGCAGCCUCACUUUCUUCUCAAUCUUGCACCAUAUCUCGAUACCUCUUUCAUGUAUCGAUUCACUCACCUUCCUACACCACCAUCCCAGUCUGUUCUCGCCGUCGCCGUCACUUUCGCUGCUUACAUUGGACUCGGCAGAGACGAUCCAUGUUUCUUUGGUCGAAGAUAGCUGACCUGUUCCUGCCUCGCGUUCACCAUAGGCUUCAUCGGUCUCCAGCAGCGGAACGAUAGUCGACGUCCACAAGUCGCCUCAUAUGUCAGGCAUCUAGCAGCCUGCUCCUCGCUGCCGUCGAUGAGCCAUCGCGUCGUAUGAUAGGCCACUCGUGACGACUGAGUGCAGCACCAAGAUGGAAUCGUUCAAUCAGACUUACUGGGACUUCAACUCAGAUAACUACUCCAACUUCAACGAUGUCAACCAGAAUACCAACUUCAACGCGAGGCAGCAGACAUACCAUGCCUCACACAGGGCUUCCGCUCCUAUGGCGUACAAUCUUCCCAGGCCACCUAUGGAAGACAGCCUAGAUCUCUCUUCAUUCGACGCUCUGGCCCAGAAUACAGUCCACAACGUCGGACUGGAAGACGUGAUCAAGCCUGAACACAACACGCCAUGGAGCGGCACGCAGCGCAGCGGAAUGCAACAAAAUCUCCAACCCACCCUCGGCCGAAGUUCUUACGUCCGGUCAGAGCCAGCGCUGAAGCAAGACAGAACUUCCGACGCCGCCGACUCGGGCUACUAUGAGCAAUUGGGUACUAUGGGCAUGCAGGAGUACAACACCAAUCGUCCAGAGCUCGAGCAAGACUAUGGAUACUUUCCAUCUUCACACUCUGGCAAGGUCGCAGCUGAUCGAAAGAGUGUGGUGUCGGAUGGAUAUUCGAGGCUUCCCAGAGAGAGGAGAAUCAGACGCACACUGGCUCCUUGUCAAGCCUGUGGACGCUCACCCAAGAAUCAAUCAGACUCGAAGAAGCACUCAUUGACGCACAGCCGACCCUAUCGCUGUUUGGAGCCAAAUUGUACCCGCAAAGACGGCUUCGCGACCGAGAACGACUUACAACGGCAUAGGAAAAGCGUGCACAAUUUGCUCCCCACAGUUGGCGCCACGGCUGGCUACAUCUGUGCUGCAUGUCCGCAAGACGGCAACACUCCUCACAAGUUUUGGCCGAGGAGAGAUAAUUUCAAGGCGCACAUCAAAAGGAAACAUCCGAAGCAUAAUGAUGUGGAGCUGAUGGAAAGGUCAAGACACAGCAUGAGACCCGACGACACUCGCACGGUCGUGACGGACGUACAAUCCGUAAGAAGUGGGUUGCACUCUGUCUACCAGUCUGAAGCCGAUGCCAACGAAAGCCAUGGCUAUCAACCGACAAACCAUAUGGAUUUGCCCACUCUAUCACGACACGGAUCAAUGUCAGGCGAGUCUGGCGCCAUCUUCGGUCCGGACUCUGCAGUUUCCAUGGCGAGCACGGAACAAACGCUGGUCGGCAUGCAUGGCCAUACAGCAAAUCUCAUGCUUCCCUACAACAAUGCUUUCCUCGAUGACAACGACAUGAGCGGUCUUUCCAUCCUCUCCACAGCAGCCGACAACCUCGCAUACAACCACAGUCCCAAUCACGACCUCGCCGUCUCAUCUUCAAUAACACAAAGAUCCUUCUCCACCUUCAAUCAACAACAACGACCAGCACCGCCGCCCUUCAGCGUACAACAACCAACCUCCUCUUCCACCACUACAACUGGCCCACGCACCUGUCCCUACCCCAACUGCACAACAAGCUGGUCCCGCCCCUGCGACCUAACAAAACACCUCAAACGCCACACGAAACCCUACGGCUGCACAUUCCCCCGCUGCUCGCAGAAAUCCGGCUCGCGAGGAGACUGGAAGCGACACGAGAAUAGCAACCACUACAUGGCGACCAUGUGGCGGUGCGGACGGCGGAAGAUGAACGGAAGUGUUUGUGUUCGGCGUCCGUUUCAGAGGGAGGAGUCGUUGAGAGACCAUCUCCGCGGACUGGAGCAUGGGAUGGAGGAUGAAGUGGAAGUGGAGCGAGCAGUCGAAGAGGGCAAGUUGGGAGAGGAAGGCAAAGGGCAGUUUUGGUGUGGAUUUUGUUGUGCGGUGGUGAUGCAGAGGGAGGGAGAGGAGAGUGCGUGGGCGGCGAGAUUGAGGCAUGUGGGAGAUCACUUUGAUAAGGAGAGGUUGAGUAUUGACGAGUGGGUUUGUGUGGUGGAGAAUCGGAAGAAGAAGUACAUUGUGGAGGCGGAGGAGAGGCGGGAGGUGGCGAUGGGAAGGAAGAAGGGUGGGGAGGUGGUGGAGGCGGAGAGUGAGUUGGAGGAGUGGAGUCCUGAUUUGUCGGAGUUUGGUAUAAGGGGUAUGAUGGAAGAGUAG